AUGGCCGCCGCUGUUCGAUGUCGCCAAUAUCGUCACCUUCCUAAUUUCCUCCUGAUAAUUUAUUAUUAUUCCUUAUCAUCACUUCCCCCCCUCUCUCUCUCGGCCCCAGAUUCUGCUGAGGCUCUCCUCAAGUUCAAACAAUCACUCUCAAACACCAAGCGCCUUGAUUCUUGGGUGCCGAACACUCCCCCCUGCAAAGCCAAAGAGCAAUGGGCAGGUCUUGUGUGUAACGCUGGCGUCGUCACUGGUCUCCGUCUUGCCGAAAUGGGCCUGUCUGGCAACAUUGACGUCGACGCUUUGCUUCAACUCGACACCCUCCGCACCAUCACCUUGGCAAACAACUCUUUCUCCGGUCCGAUACCUCCAUUUAACCGCAUUGGUCCUCUCAAGGCUCUGUACUUGUCCUUCAACAGCUUCUCCGGAGAGAUACCUUCCGAUUUCUUCUCCAAAAUGGGGUCUUUGAAGAAACUUGGGCUCUCCGGGAACAAGUUCUCCGGGAAAAUUCCCCAGUCGUUGACACAGGUAGGAACCCUGAUGGAGCUACGCCUCGAACACAACGAAUUCUCAGGGCCUAUUCCGCCGCUGGAACAAAAAUCUUUAGCAAAACUCGACCUUUCAAAUAACAUGCUGGAAGGCGAAAUUCCCCUGAUCAUGCAAAGAUUCGGACCGAGUCCAUUCCAAGGUAACGAGGGGCUAUGCGGGAAGCCGUUGGACAAAGAAUGCGAUGACCAACUAGAAGCGCCACAAGACGAGUCCUCCUCCUCCGGUGCAGGAGAACCAUCUGCGGCAGACGACAAUAAUCACAAAAGUAGUAGUUCCUUAAAAGGGUGGGUGAUAAUAGGCCUGAUUGCUUUGCUGGUGGCGGUGACGGUGAUUUCUAGGUCCAGGCAAAAGGAAGAUAAGUUUGACAAGCUCCAGAAAGAGAACCUGGAUGAUCAGGUGGUUCAAGUGCGGGUUCCAAGCUCGAACGUCCGCAAGAGCAUGCAGCAGCAAGAGUCCUCCGUCGCCGCCACCGCCAGGAACCAGCUGAAAGGAGCAGGGUCCACCAGGAAAGCAGCAGGUACCAAGGGUGGGGGCAUGGGGGAUCUUGUGGUGGUUAAUGAUGAGAGGGGCGUGUUUGGGCUUGCAGAUUUGAUGAAGGCCGCGGCGGAGGUGCUAGGGAAUGGUGGGUUGGGGUCGGCCUACAAGGCUGUGAUGGGCAACGGGGUGUCGGUGGUGGUGAAGAGGAUGAGAGAUAUGAAUAAGAUUAGUAAGGAUGAGUUUGACACCGAGAUGAGGCGCCUAGGCGGACUCAGGCACCCCAACAUCCUUUCCCCUUUGGCUUACCACUACAGGAAAGAUGAGAAGCUGUUGGUGUCCGAGUACGUUUCCAAAGGCAGCUUGUUGUAUCUUUUGCAUGGUGAUCGUGGGAUUUCUCACGCAGAGCUAAAUUGGUCAACCCGGCUGAAGAUUAUUAAGGGUGUCGCAAACGGAAUGAGUUUCCUCCAUUCUGAGUUUGCAUCAUAUCAGGUGCCCCAUGGUAAUCUCAAGUCCAGCAAUAUUCUUCUUGACUCAACUUAUGAGCCACUUCUCUCAGACUAUGCCUUCUAUCCACUUAUCAACAACACUCAAGCCGUACAAGCAUUGUUUGCAUCCAAAUCCCCUGAAACCAUUCUGUACCAGCAGCUCACUCCCAAGAGCGAUGUUUACUGUCUUGGAAUUGUCAUUCUUGAAAUCAUCACUGGAAAAUUUCCUUCUCAGUACCUCAGCAACCAAAAGGGUGGGACUGAUGUUGUGCAGUGGGUCCGAUCGGCAGUUUCUGAGAAGAGGGAACGAGAAUUGAUUGAUCCAGAGAUUGCAAGCGCAAAAAAUUCACUUCCGGAUGUGGAGAAGCUUCUCCAAAUUGCAGCAGCUUGUACGGAAAGCAAUAUUGAUGAGCGGAUUGAUAUGAAUGAAGCUAUUAGGAGGAUAGAAGAUAUACAAGUCUGA